GUUUUGGUUUCAGAAGUUUUUUUGCCUUAGUUAGUUAAAGGUUCCUAUUAUUUUUCGCCAUGAAGCUGCUCAUCCUACUUUCUGUGUUCAUCGCUCUGGCAGCAAAUACUUUGGCUCUGAAAAAUGAAAUCUGUGGUCUUUCCGAGCCUAGUAAUCCUAAUAAUACAGUCCUCUGCUUCAUACAAAUUACAAGUUGGUCCUACGAUAUUAACCACAAAAAGUGCGUGAAAUACAACUACGGAGGAUGUGGUAGUUCUGCAAAUAUAUUUAGUUCGAAGGAAAAAUGUGAGAAAAUGUGCUUGGAAUAAAAUGUUUAUAAGUAAAGCCCAAUAUAGUAUGUCGAACAGAGAAAUAUAAUUUGAAUUUCCAUGCAAAAAAUAAAAAAAAUA